CUCUGAUGUUUUUGUUAAUUCCUGCAGAGCAACAACCAACAACAAGGUGAAGGAGACGGUGGCUCUGGAGCUCAGCUUCGUCAACUCCAACCUGCAGCUGCUGAAAGAGGAGCUGGAGGAGCUCAACAGCAACAUGGAGGUCUACCAGACAGACAGUGAGGCUGUCAACGUUCCCAUGAUCCCACUCGGUUUGAAAGAAACCAAAGAGGUGGAUUUCACAGUUUGUAUCCAGGACUUCAUCUGUGAGCACUACGGAGAGGACAGCUCCCUCUACGCCAAGGAGAUCAAAGAGCUAAUGGAUCUCAGACAGGCCAUGCGAACACCCAGUCGUAACCAGGCCGGUCUGGAGCUGCUGAUGGAGUACUACAACCAGCUCUACUACCUGGACCAGCGCUUCUUCCCUCUGCACAGGACCCUGGGUGCACACUUCCACUGGUACGACUCCCUGACAGGCGUCCCGUCAUGUCAGCGUACGCUGGCGUUUGAAAAAGGAAGUGUGCUGUUCAACCUCGGGGCCCUGUUCACACAGAUCGGGGCCCGGCAGGACCGCUCGGCCACAGUCGGCAUCGACCGAGCUGUAGACGCCUUUCAGAGAGCUGCAGGAGCUUUUAAUUACCUUAAAGAGAAUUUCUCCAACGCUCCCAGUCUGGACAUGAGCUGUCCGUCGCUGUGCAUGCUGGUCCGUCUGAUGGUUGCCCAGGUGCAGGAGUGUGUGUUUGAGCGUGUCACACUCACCACUGAGGACACACACUUCACUUCACAACUCCACCUGGCUCAAGAGGCAGCACGGGUGUCAGACGUCUACCUGUUGGUGCUGCAGACCAUGGCGCAGCCCCUGAUGAAGGACUACGUGCCGUUCUCUUGGGCGUCCAUGGUUCAGGUCAAAUCUGAACACUUCCGUGCCGUCUCACACUACUACGCUGCUGUGGCACUCUGUGAUCACACAUUGUCCGCUGAGGAGGAAGAGGGUGAUGAGGAAGCUGAGAAGGCUUUCCUCCAGUUCUACGUCAACGUUCCUGCGGGGCCACCACUCAGCCAGGUUCUACGAGACCCUGAAAAAAGAAGAAAGCUUGGUAAAGCUCACCUGCGGCGGGCGGUGAUCCGACACGAGGAGGCCAUGCGUGUCCACAGUCUGUGCAAGAUCCUGAGAAAGAUGGACAUCCUGCAGGACGUGCUGUCCCUCACACACAAACGCUCGCUGGACAAGUACUCGGAGCUGGACAGAGAGGACGACUUCGAUGAAACCGCAGAGGCUCCAGAGAUACAGUCUCAAACCAAUCAGAAACCAGAAAUCACUCCGACCAACUUCUCUACAGUCCAAGUUACUGAUAUCUUCCAAAGACUCGGGCCUCUGUCAGUGUUUUGUGCGCGGGCUCGCUGGGGUCCGGUGCGUGUGAUCUGCCUGCAGAAGGGGGAGGGGGGGCUGGGUCUCACGCUCAGAGGAGACUCCCCCGUGCUGGUGGCUGGAGUGGUGCCUGGAGGCUGUGCAGCGGAGGCGGGACUAAGGGAAGGAGACUACAUCGUAGCCGUGGACGGAGAGGACUGUAAAUGGGCCAAACAUGGGGAGGUGGUCCACAUGCUGAAGAGCUGCAGCGAGCGAGGAGUGGAGCUCAGUGUGGUCACGCUACACUCACACGACACACAGUUGGAGAGGAGGGCCAUCGCGCUGUCCCACGGCAGCGACAAGGAAAACGCUCGGCAGCGAGUGCUGGGCGGAGCCAAGGGCCAGAGCUCCGCCUCCUUGUUGAACUGGAACAGGAAGAAGAAGCGGGAAGGAGGCGGGACCACUAAGAGACUAGGAAGCACUUUCAGUUUGUCGUUCGGAAGCAUACGAGACCCCGAAGCCAUGUACUGAGACACGACUGCAGAGGAAGCACUCAGGGAGUCACAGCAGGGGGGCACGAGGGAUGAAAAAAAAGCACACGGUUAGUCCGGUGAAAUUGUCCAUGGCUUCUUUUUUUUCUAACACAGUCCAGGAGAGUUUGAACAAUCCUGCCCACGGGGGGAAUACUAUACUCAUGUGUGCAGUGCUGUGUACCGCCUUGGAGUUUAAGGCAGCAGAAAACACAAAGAACAUUCUAGAUGCAGGAGGAUGUAAAAUCAUUUGGAGACAGGACUCUGUUUGAAGACUGCCAUGAUGCUUCUGAUCGGCUCCGUCAAAGAAAAGGGCAGAGAUUUGAUUGGCAGAAUCUGUGAUGCACGAAGCACAUUCAUCAUCCGUUUAUUUUGCUUCGAGAAAAAACAAAGAAUAUUUUUGAAUAUUAACUUCAUUUAAUUACAUUCCCUGUUUUGUCACAUCUUGGCUGCAAAAUCUUGUGAAAAUCAAGAACAUUUAGACUGAAAGCUUCUUUACUUACUUUACACAAAACGUUUGUAUUUUUACAAUAAUGUAACUGAAUCAAAACUAAUUGAGGGAGAAGAAAGUAUUAUUUUCUCGUGUCUUGUAUUACCCUGAAGUGGUCUCUGAAGUUACAGAACGCUGUAGCAACGCCCUGUGUAACCACUGAAGUACUCUGUUCACCCACUGCUAUAUCACAUGGUACUUUACUUUAAAAGUAUAAAAGAGUCGUGGGUGUUCUUGGAGGAAUGUUUUUUGUUUAGUUGUCAUUUUUAGAUGAUUGAAAGCACUUCAGAUCUAAUGUUUUGUAGUUUUAGGAUUUUUAAAUGCACUGUGAAGAUUGAAUCUGUUAAUAAUGUAGAUCUGACUGUUGAAUGCUCACAAAGAGCUUGUGUGGAUUGGAAAUGAAAUGAUAUUGAGGCUGCAGGAAAGCAUGAGGAGUCCACAGUGUGAGUUUUGUAUUAAAUCUGUUGUGCCCUUAAUGUUUUAUGCCACUGUAAUCUGUUACAGUCCGCCAAUAUGAGGAACAAUACACAAGGAUUCUAGUGGAAAAUAAUGUUAUUGUUUAUACUUCAUUGAGAUGAUUAGAAAUGUGAGAAUUGUAGCACAUAACUGUCCGGCCCGUCUUAAAAACAAGGCUGGUUUUUUUUCUAAUGGCCAAUGUGUUUUUGUCUAUUUUUGUAUAAUGUGUGUGCCAUGGUGGUCCGUGAGAACAGAAAGCCACAGGGAGCAAACACACGUUGUUUUCACAAUUCUUCUGUGAUCUGUUAAGUUUUCUGGAUUCAUGAAAAUGAAAGGAAGCAAAUAGGAUCUUUUUUAUUUCAUCACGAUGGAAUUCAUUUCUGAUUUCAAGAAAAAAAGAUGACAAAGUAAAGAGAAAAGCUGGUACGAUUUUUUUCUCUUCAGCUUUCUGUGCGAGUAAAUGUUUGUCCAGAUUUUUGUGAAGAUAUUUUGAUUUGCGUUUUUAACUGAAUAUCUGGCCAUCCCUUAAUAACUGCAUUUGGGGAUUUGCACAGUAUUUCUUUCAUGUGGAAAACAAUAAAAGUGAAUGAUGAACAAC